GUUUUCUAUUUCCCGGCCCCUCUUCUUGAGUACUUUGGCCCCUGCAUUUGGGGAGAGGGGCUUGCAAGGGAGCGGCGGAGCGUCCAGAGAAGAAGGAAGCGAGGCCGGGAGGAGGAAGAUCGGCGGACUGUAGGGAGGAGACCCCACGCCACCCUUUCUGGUCCUCUCCCCUCCCGCCCCGCCCCUACGCACACUCCCUCGCCGGCGAGCUACUUUCGGACGGGAAAGUGAGGGCGGCCCUGGGUGACAGCGCUGCUGGGCUAGUCCCGGGGAAGCCGCGCGUCUGCUCGCGUCUUGUCCGCCGCACUCCCAGCCAGGGGGACAGCCCGGACCGAGGAUGGCUUCAACUACAACCUGCACCAGGUUCACGGACGAGUAUCAGCUUUUCGAGGAGCUUGGAAAGGGGGCAUUCUCAGUGGUGAGAAGAUGUAUGAAAAUCCCUACUGGACAAGAAUAUGCUGCCAAAAUUAUCAACACCAAAAAGCUUUCUGCUAGGGAUCAUCAAAAACUGGAAAGGGAAGCUAGAAUCUGCCGUCUUUUGAAGCACCCCAAUAUUGUGCGACUUCAUGACAGCAUAUCAGAAGAGGGCUUUCAUUACUUGGUGUUUGAUUUGGUUACUGGAGGUGAACUGUUUGAAGACAUAGUGGCGAGAGAAUAUUACAGUGAAGCUGAUGCCAGUCAUUGUAUACAGCAGAUUCUAGAAAGUGUAAAUCAUUGUCACCUAAAUGGCAUAGUUCACAGGGACUUGAAGCCUGAGAAUUUGCUUUUAGCUAGCAAAUCCAAGGGAGCAGCUGUGAAACUGGCAGACUUUGGCUUAGCCAUAGAAGUUCAAGGAGACCAGCAGGCGUGGUUCGGUUUUGCUGGCACACCUGGCUAUCUUUCUCCGGAAGUUUUACGUAAAGAUCCUUAUGGAAAGCCAGUGGACAUGUGGGCAUGUGGAGUCAUUCUCUACAUUCUGCUGGUUGGAUACCCACCCUUCUGGGAUGAAGACCAACACCGACUCUAUCAGCAGAUCAAGGCUGGAGCUUAUGAUUUUCCAUCACCAGAAUGGGACACAGUGACUCCUGAAGCCAAAGACCUCAUCAAUAAAAUGCUUACUAUCAACCCCGCCAAGCGUAUCACAGCCUCAGAGGCACUGAAGCACCCAUGGAUCUGUCAACGUUCUACUGUUGCUUCCAUGAUGCACAGACAGGAGACUGUAGACUGCUUGAAGAAAUUCAAUGCCAGAAGAAAACUAAAGGGUGCCAUCUUGACAACUAUGCUGGCUACGAGGAAUUUUUCAGCAGCCAAGAGUUUGUUGAAGAAACCUGAUGGAGUGAAGGAGUCAACUGAGAGUUCAAAUACAACGAUUGAGGAUGAAGAUGUGAAAGCACGAAAGCAAGAGAUUAUCAAAGUCACUGAACAAUUGAUUGAAGCUAUCAACAACGACUUUGAAGCUUACACAAAAAUCUGUGACCCAGGCCUUACUGCUUUUGAACCUGAAGCUUUGGGUAAUUUAGUGGAAGGAAUGGACUUUCAUCGAUUCUACUUUGAAAAUGCUUUGUCCAAAAGCAAUAAACCAAUCCACACUAUUAUCCUGAACCCCCACGUUCAUCUGGUAGGUGACGAUGCUGCCUGCAUAGCGUACAUUAGGCUCACACAGUACAUGGAUGGCAGCGGAAUGCCAAAAACAAUGCAGUCCGAAGAGACACGUGUGUGGCAUCGCCGGGAUGGAAAGUGGCAGAAUGUUCAUUUUCAUCGCUCUGGGUCGCCAACAGUACCCAUCAAGCCAUCCUGUAUUCCAAAUGGGAAAGAAAACUUCUCAGGAAGCACCUCUUUGUGGCAAAACAUCUAAGGCCUGAAAACCAUUCACAUAUGGGUCUUCUAAAUAUCAACAGUGCCACUUCUGCAUUCUCUGUUUUCAAGGCACCUGGAUGGUAACCCUGGGCCGUCCUCUCCUCCUCUUCAUGCAUGUUUCUGAGUGCAUGAAGUUGUGAAGGUCCUACGUGUAAUGCAUAUGUGAUGCAUCAUUUGUCAUAUAUUCCUUCCUAUACAUUGUUUACACUUCUAAGGGGAUGUUCCAUGCAAACUUCAAUCACUGUUGGCAGACAAUAAGGGGAGGUCAGACAAAAAAACAAAAAAAACCCCGCAAUAUUCCGAGUACAGCCUAGUCAUCCAGUUUGUGUUCAUGCCAAGACUUAAGAGACUUCAAAAUCAUCGUCCUCUGAAUGACCGUUUGUAAGAGAAAUGUAAAUUUUUAAAAACUCUUUGCUGAUCAUCUGUUUUAGCUUGUUUGUUUAACCAAAAAA